AUGCACGCAAGCCUCAAGGUGCGCGUCAUGAGCCACAAACGCCACACAUCGGAAGCUGCUUCAUGGGACAAUAGUGACGACUCAGCCACAGAUGCGUUCCAGGGUCUGCCUGUCUUGUCCAUGUCGAGGCCCCCAACAACUCAAGAAGUCAAGGUUGAUGCUAUUCUUUUCUCCAGCGGACAUCGGCCCCUCGUGACUUAUGACGCAAGGGGCCCGGUCAUGCCCGGCGGCAAAGAGGGCCAAGCCGGUUCGGCAGCUCCCAGGGCUAGGGAGGAGACGCGGCCUGUCUCCGCUCUGCAACGGGGAACUCAACGUGGGCGAAAAGACGUCAAAUCCUCGAUAUCGCCCUUGCUCCGAGCUCGUAGGGCUGGGCAAGACCGGCAGGCUUGCGGCAAGGCUAGCUGUGGCUGGUAA